AUGACUAGCCAACAAGUCACCUAUGCAGAACUAAAUCUGCCACAGGAGACAAAAAGACAGCAAAGGCCUAAAGGCACUAAAGAAUUCAUUUCAAUCACUGAACAGCAAAUAACCUAUGCAGAACUAAAUCUUCAGGAUGUUUCUCAGAAUCUUCAAGAGGAUGACAAGCAUUGCCAAUGCAAAGGUGUUCCAUCUCCACCUGAGAAGCUCCUGGCUGGGGUCCUAGGAAUCAUUUGCCUUGGUCUAAUGUGCACGGUGGUAUCAAUGAUCAUUAUUAUUCUCUCUACUGAAGCACCAGAGCAAAAGGGUACCUCUUCAACAACAACAUGCAGAAAGCAUGCUCUUUACUCAAAGGGAUGGUUUACAUAUUCCAACAAUUGGUAUUACUAUAGUGAUAAGAGAAAAACAUGGAAUGAUAGUGUGUUGGAUUGUGCUUCAAAGAACUCUCAGCUUCUUUAUAUAGAUAAUGAAGAAGAAAAGGAAAUUUUUUAUUCUUUAUCAGCUUUUUCAUGGAUUGGAGUUUUUCGUAAAAACUAUCUUAAGUCAUGGAUGAUAUCCAAUGGUUCAACUUCCUUGCUAAGAAUUUUAGACUCAUCAUCUGGUGAAUAUAAGUGUGCUAUAUUUUACUUAUCUAAGUUCAGAGCAACAAACUGUGACUCUCUAAAUACAUACUAUUGCGAGCAUGGACAUUGA